AUGGCGGCGUUACCAACAAUGCGGCAGCUGGGCUGCCUGAGGUCUUUGAUCAAGACCCAGGAGGCUAUACAGCCACAGCUGGCUCGUCGAUUUAUUUCAACCGCCUAUUCCCAGCGCCCCCAGCGCGUCCCUCUCCCGCAAAACCUCCCCGAGCAAUUCCUAUCACAACUACCCACCCGCAUGCUCCCUGAGAAUGCCCCCAAGCCCAUCAAAGUCUACACGCCUCCCCCUUCCGCCCGCAAAGCAUGCAAAGACCCCAUCGGAAAGGUCACCGAGUUGCAAUUGGAAACCCUCGACCCCAAGGGCGAGCGCAAGGCCCUAUUCGACUACCGUCGGAACCCUCGCAGCAUCAAGCCGGGUGAUAUCAUCCGUGUGACAUUCAAGAACGGCGACCCCUUCAACGGCGUUGUCCUGAGCAUCAAGCUGCGCGGCAUCGACACUUCAUUCCUGCUCCGCAAUGAGCUUACCCGUGUGGCCGUCGAGAUGUCGGUCAAGGUGUUCAACCCCAAUGUUCAGAGCGUGGAGAUUGUCCAGCGGGCACAGCGCAAGAUACGUCGCGCGAGAUUGUACUACAUGCGGUCUCGCAAGCACGACCGUCGCAGUGUGGAGAACGUUGUCAAUGCUUAUGUUCGCCAGAAGCGGGCGUUCAUGGGUGGUGGCAAGCGGUGA